AUGGCGCCGACCCACGGCAUGGUGGAGCGACCGCUGCCGGCGAAUCCCGCCCGUCUCUCCGUUACCCAGUCAACGCGCACAGGACUCGACACCGCCGGAGACACUACGGUCCCAUCUCCGGCCUCAAAUACCAUCGGCGGCAUCACGCCACAUGCCGGCAUCGACGUGUCAGUCAAGCUGGCGGGAGAUGACAGCCGGUCACAGCCGCCGGCGUCUCCCAAGCCAUGUCCCCGCCACCUCCUGACCUUGCCGCCUGAGAUCCUGCUCAUGAUCCUGCAGGCUCUCGACUUCGCCGACAUUGUGCGCCUGCGCGAGACGUGCAUGCAACUCCGCGCGCUGGCCAGCCCGCAGCAGGUCCGCGUUCUCUUUGGCCCGGACCGUCUGCACUCGCAGCCCCUGUGA